AUGCAAACUCCCGACGACAUCCGCAACCUCCCAAUCGACAUCACCUUUUCCCGUCUCGGAGAAUGGUUGGUCGAUCGCAAGAGAGUACCUUCGGAUUGGAGGAAGCGCGUGGCCGCAAUCAGGGUUCGGAUUUCCAACGAAGUCUCAUCCCUCCCUAAGGAUUCUGAUCCCCCUUUUCAAACCCUAGACCCUGAAGGGAUUGGUUAUGUAGAGGCCAAACAGAUAUAUGGUAUUCUCUUAAAGUCUAAUACGGAGAGCAGGAAUAUAUUUGGUCGCUUAUCUGGUGCUGCGGGUGCAUGGGAAGCAAUUGUGCGAUCUUUUGAAAAAGACCAUGUUUUCCUUGGUGAGGCUGCUCUUAUUAUCACACAAAAUGUGAAUUAUGAAAUUCCUUAUCAGAGGAAACAGGUGCAGAAGAUUCAGCAGCAGCUGGCAGAACUUGAUCGCAAGGAGACUGAUAUAAAAAGGAACGCUGCACUCUCGGCAGCCAAAUAUGUUGAAGCUUGUCAGGAGCUUGGCCUACAGGGGAAAAAUGUCAGAUUAGAACUUUUGGAGACAGCAAAAUCACUUCCAAGUACAUUUAGCAGGAUAAUGGAUGUUGUGAAUAGUGACAACCUUUCACAGGCAAUAGAAUAUUAUUGCAAUUUUGUCAGAGAUGCUCACACUGAAAGAGAUAGAUCUUCGGAAGCUGUACUACAAAACUUGAGGAACAUGCGUGAAAAUCCUCCAUCUUUAAAUAUUGCUGUUGACUCUGAGGUUAUGAAUAUUGUUGGUGUUCACUCAAGUGACAAGGAGACAAAUCCUGCAGUAGGCAGUGUGGAAGUUGCUGUUCCUGACAUUGACUGGGAUAUUUCAGUGGAAAGUUCACAAAUUGAUUGGGAUAUUGGAACCGUAGAAGAAACCGAGGAUUCUGGAAAUGGCAUGGGUCCAUUUGAAAUCAUUAAUGCCUCCGAGGCCAUACAGACUUUUUCAUCAACUGAGGAUGUUGAAUCUGAUCCAACAAUAUCAAAUGAAGAACUAGGCGCACAUGCAGAUAUAUGCUGGGAUAUUAGUGUUGAGUCUGCUCACGUUGAUGUGAUUGACAAUGCGAAUGCAUCAAAUGCAGUGCCGGACAAUCAGACUUUUCUUCCAGAUGCCUUAUCUCAGUUGACAGAGAACAAGGAAGGAAGGAGCCAGCUUUUAGACACGGAGUACAGAAAUAAGAUUCUCGAUGAUCUAUAUGAGAUGAAAUCCUUCUUAAAUCAACGAUUAGCUGAGUUGAAGAACGAGGAAACUUUGUCGCUACAAAAUCAAGUACAGGCGGUAUCUCCUUUUGUACUACAGCAGUAUGCUGCUGAUACUAUAGACACGAUGCAGAGUGAUAUUUCUUUGGCAAUUUCAUUGCUGACAAAUAGGAAGACAAGGGAUCUGAUUAUGAUUCUCAACUCCAAAAGAUUUCUAGACAGACUAGUCAACUCUUUGGAGGAAAAGAAACAUCAUGAAGUCAAGUUGAAAGAGGGGCUGAAGGACUUGGCUACUAAGCGCAUGGAGCUACAAAAUUCAUUAUCUUCAUUGUGGCCAAAACAAGAUGCUGCUGUGGCUAAAACAAAGGAACUGAAAAAACUGUGUGAGAACACACUUUCAUCCAUGUUUGAUGGAAGGUCAGUUAAUAUAAUUGGAGAGAUCAACACCAUUCUGAGCAGUGGUCUUGGAGCAUGA